GGUUUGUUAAUGAGGCAGUUCUCUAUUAUUGCGACUCACUCAAGACGUUUAAAAGCCAAUUGCUUGGAUAUGUUGAGCAAGAUGCUAAGUCGCAAGGUAAGCAAAAUGCUCAUUCAUCUUUUCAGUAUCGCUGCCAUAAUUGUUCCGAUACAAUCGGAUAAGCAAUCUUCACCGAAACGGUACAGUAAUCUGUACGGCGAUGAGAAUAUAUCGAAUUUAUCAAAUUUAUUUGGAGUGGGUGUUGGAGUCUUGAACUUACUGGAACAAGGCCAACGUUAUCUAAAUCAGGAAAUACCGGACACGACCCCUAAAUUCGAAGAUGUAUACGAUUUCGUGGUGAUUGGUGCUGGCACGGCCGGUGCCACGGUAGCCGCGAGAUUAAGUGAAAUUCCUCAAGUCAAGAUAUUGCUGAUCGAAGCUGGACCCAACGAGAAUAAUCUCAUGGACAUUCCGCUAACCGCUCCUUUCCUACAGAUAAGUAAUGACAUUAAUUGGAAGUAUCAGACAAAGCCAUCCAAUAAAUAUUGUCUUGGUAUGGAUAACAACAGUUGUAACUGGCCUAGAGGAAAAGUGAUGGGCGGUAGCAGUGUGCUAAACUACAUGAUUGCCACCAGAGGCGGCGCCGAGGAUUACGAUCGCUGGGCUGAAAUGGGGAAUGAAGGCUGGGCUUACAAAGACAUUCUCAAGUACUUCAAGAAAUUGGAAACAAUCGAUAUCCCGGAAUUGCGGUCGGACACUACUUAUCACGGAACUAAGGGACCAUUGCACAUCAGCUAUCCAUUAUUCCAUACACCAUUAGCAGAGGCUUUCCUAAAAGCUGGCGAAGAGCUAAAAUAUCCACUAGUAGAUUACAACGGAAAAGAUAUGAUAGGAUUCUCAUAUUUGCAGAGCACGAUUAUGAACGGCACUCGCAUGAGCAGUAAUAGAGCAUACCUGCACCCCAUACACGAUCGCAAAAAUCUUCACGUGACUCAUGAGAGCAUGGUGAGAAAAGUGCUAAUCGAUCGUCGUACAAAUCGUGCGAUUGGUGUAGAAUUGAUUAAACAUGGUCGGAUUAUCUCCGUGCUCGCAAGCAAAGAAGUAAUAUUGUGCGCAGGUGCAAUUGGAUCGCCUCAGUUGUUAAUGCUGUCCGGCAUUGGACCGGCUGAACAUCUUACCAAACUCGGUAUAGAUAUUAUCCGAAAUGCGCCGGUCGGAGAGAAUCUAAUGGAUCAUACUCUCUUCGGAGGACUGACAUGGACAGUGAAUGCAUCAGUAGGUUUAAAAGUGCAUGACAUAUUCAAUCCGGUUUAUCCAUAUCUAGCGGAUUUCCUAACAAAACAAUCGGGACCCUUUACGAUUCCAGGCGCAUGUGAGGCUCUCGCUUUUAUCAAUACUAAGGAUCCAGAAAAACGCAGCGGUUUACCGGAUAUAGAAUUAGUGUUUGUCGGUACUGGUGUCAAAGGAGAUAUUCUUCUUCCAAUUGUAAUGGGUUUUAAUACGCAAAUGAAUCAGAUAUGGAAUAAAUAUCUCUAUAAAUACAGCUGGACCAUACUGCCAGUGCUGUUAAAACCAAAAAGUCGUGGAUGGAUAAGAUUAUUAGCUAAUGAUGUUAAUGUUAAACCUUAGAUAGUGCCCAAUUAUUUCAAUGAUGUGGAAGACGU